UGACCAAUCAGACACGUUCAAUGCGUGGCGUGCCGACACAAGUAUGAGCUGCAGUAUCAUUCUCGUAAAUGUUGGCGUUAUUUGAAUGAAAAGACAGCGUGUAUAUAAUGUAACAAAACUAUGGCUGAUUCUUCUUUUUUCACCUACACUAACAAGGACUUUAUAAAUGAUGUUUGUUCUGGCCAGCAGACCAGGUCGAGAUUUGACAUUGCGUUGCGCUCCCGAUGGACUGAGAAGAGGAACGCCGGGUUGUUCCGGUACCAUCUGGACGAUCUGGAGACGCGCGUGCUCCCCGGUCCGUGUGGCUACAUCGCUCAGCUGAACAUCAUGAGAGGCAUCGAGAGACGAAAACCUCAAGAGAUCCUGAGCGUCCGGCAGAACUUUGACCCGAAGCAGUUCAAUUUCAACAAGAUCAACCCGAAAGAGCUGCUGUUUGAAUUACUGAAAGAGAGCGAAAGCUCGUGCGAAGCCAUAUGCCAUCAAAAUGGUUCAAAAAAGAAGUGCAAAGUCAUCAUAAACGUAAGUCCGUUAGAAUUCGGGCACUGUUUGCUCGUACCAGAACCGGACACGUGUCACCCUCAGAUACUGACACCUUUGGCGGUUCAGAUGGGGAUAGAAACGGUUCUGCUGAGCGCUGAUCCGGGAUUCAGAGUUGGUUUCAACAGCCUGGGUGGUUUUGCUUCAGUCAACCAUCUCCAUCUUCACGGCUACUACCUAAACCACCAACUGAGGAUUGAAACCUCCCCAGUAGAACCCAUCCUGCCUAAAAAGAACUUGUAUCGCCUUCUGGACUUCCCAGUAGGCUUUCUGUUCUACACCCAGGGUCCAAACCUGGAUUUGACAGUCAAUGCAGUUUGCGGUCUCACUGAUGCUAUGGUUGACAGGAACAUCGCACACAACAUCUUCAUCACUCGAGGUUGCCCUCCACAGAGGGAGCGUGACCCGUCUUCUUCCCGAAACGGGGUGAGGGUUAUCGUAUGGCCCCGGCUGUCCUGUUUUGGGGCCAAAGAAGAGUCGGCCUUCAACGUUGCCCUGUGUGAGCUCGCCGGACACCUUCCCUUCAAAAACAGAGAAGACUAUGAGACCGUCACUGAGGAGGGGGUCCAAGACAUAAUCCGGAAAUAUCUGCUGCCCCAAGAAGAGUUCAGUGAAUUGCAAAAGCAUGUCAUGAAAUGUUUAUAGAUGGUACUUUAUUUAUUUUUUCUUUCUUUCUCUUGAAGGUACAAAUGAAGUACAUAAUUGUAUUUCAUGUGGUGUAAAGAUUGUAUGAUUUUUUUUUUUUAUGUUGUGCAAAAUAUUUUAAAUGUUAUGUAAAAAUAGCAUUUUAUUUAAAAAAUACAAUUAUAUUAUAUCUACUGUUUUAAAAAAUAUUACAAUAAUACAGAAAGUUGUGUGCUGUUA